GACUUGAAAAUUCUGUCUGCUACAACGGCAUGCUUCUCUAGUCGGCGAAUAUUCUUAUGUCUCCUUAGUAGUUUUGCUUGUUUAUUUCAGAAUCGGAAAGCGUUCAAGAUCAAAUCAAAUUAAAACAAAAAAAUGGGUGAAGUUCAGACGGUGGGACACAGUGAAGUUUUUCACAAAUUAUCUGGUACAUGUCACACAGAUGUCGAGCCAGUUGGACGAUGGUUCAGGGCCUGGUGGUACCACCACCAACGUAAUGGGGCCCUCUCAGGUGAGGGACUGUCUGUGGCAGAGUCCGGCAGUCAAUCUGAUGAAGAAGUGGAGUGCUCCACUGUUGAAAUUGAAGACGACGUGGAAUACCUCAGAAGCCUGGACCCCAAAGAGUGGAAAGAUCAAGAUCACUACGCAGUACUCGGACUCAAAAAAGUUCGGAUUAUCGCCACAGAAGACGACAUCAAACGAGCGUACAGGCAGAAAGUUUUACGACACCACCCCGACAAGCGGAAAGCAGCUGGAGAGGAGGUUCGAGCUGAUGACGACUAUUUCACAUGCAUAACGAAAGCUUACGAAACGCUGAGUGUGGCCUCGAAGAGGCGGGCCUACGACUCGGUCGAUUCAGAGUUUGACGACGAUGUUCCAUCGAGCAAUGCGGCAAACAAAUCUCGUUUCUUUGAGGUCUUUAGUUCGGUGAUAGCGGCCAACGCUCGCUGGUCGGUGAGGAGCAACGUUCCGUUGUUGGGCGACGUGAAUUCAUCUCGGGAUCACGUCGAGAACUUUUACGAUUUCUGGUACAAUUUCGAAUCGUGGCGGGAAUUCUCGUACCUCGACGAAGAGGAGAAAGACAAAGGCCAAGACCGGGAAGAGCGCCGAUGGAUCGAGAAGCAGAACAAGGCGGAAAGAGCCCGUAGGAAAAAGGAAGAGAUGAGUCGGCUGCGAUCGUUGGUGGAUGCGGCUUACGCCUGCGACCCUCGCAUCCUCCGUUUCAAAGAGGAAGACAAACAAAAGAAGUUGGACGACAAGAAAGCCAAGCAGGAUGCGGUGCGAGCUCGCAAAGAGGAAGAGGAACGGAAACGACGGGAAGAGGAGGAGAACAAGUUGAGGAUCAAGCGCCAAGCGGAAGAGGCUGCCCGUGCCCGGCAGAAUGCGGCCAAGCGCGAGAAGGAGAAUGCCAAGCGGGCGUUAAAACGCGAGCGCGAGCAGUUGCACAAGUACGGCAAGCAAUUCAAUUAUUUCACCGGUGUUGCUCCUCCAACAGCAUCAGCCGCUAGCCCGACCACUACUGCCCAGGAUGAAGCGGAACUCGUCAAGCGCAUGGCGGAUCUCGAUCGACUCUGCGAGCUCCUCACCAUCGACGAGUUGGAUAAACUCAACAAGAAGAUGGCCGUCCUGUCGCUCGAUUGCGUCGACCAGGGACGGACGCUAUUUGACGAGGCGGUCGACGAAUUGAAUCGCCGCAUUGACGAAGAGAAACAGCAACAUUUAGGAGGCGGAUUAGCUCCUGGAUCUGCUGCUUCCAACAGCGGCGGAGGCAACAGCGGAAGCGGUGGAAGCAGUAAGAAGAAAGGUGGUUCCAACCAGUGGAGCCCCGAGGAGUUGAAUUUGCUAAUCAAGGCUGUCAAUCUCUUCCCGGCCGGCACCAAUCAGCGCUGGGAAGUGGUGGCCAACUUUAUCAACCAACAUCACGGCGGCAAUCGUGCGGCCAAGGAAGUUUUGGCCCAGGCCAAGGAGCUCCAGUCUGGCGACUUUUCACGUUCGGCUCUCAAGGAAGCGGCCAAUAAAGCGGCUUACAACAAAUUCGAAAAAGAGUCCAAGGCCGGCCCGGCCGCCAGCGAGGAAUCGAUCCCGUCGGAACGCUACGAAACUCCUGCCGAGCAAUUGGGAAUCAAUUUGACUCCGUGGACGGCCGAUGAGCAGCGCUUGUUGGAGCAGGCAUUGAAAACUUAUCCGGCAUCGUUGUCUGAUCGCUGGGAAAGGAUCGCCGAGGCUAUUCCCAAUCGAUCCAAGAAAGAGUGCAUGAAGCGCUACAAGGAAUUGGUGGAAUUGGUUCGCGCCAAAAAAUCGGCCCAGGCUGCCGUCGCGCCGCCCAAGAAGUGAUAGGCCACACCCCUUUCUUAGAAGAAGACGUCUCAAUCGAUUCUUAAUCUUUUCUUUUUUUUUUUUUUUUAAAGGUGAAAUAAUCGCCAUGAUAAUUCAAAUCAAUAAAAAAAAUUACACGUC